GCUGAGCCCGAAGACAGGCGGAGACGCCGAGAGCCCGGGUGCUGGUGGCUCCAGACAGGGGCCGCGGCCGAAGGAUGCCAGUCCGCAGGGGCCACGUCGCGCCCCAAAACACUUAUCUGGACACCAUCAUCCGCAAAUUCGAGGGCCAGAGUCGUAAGUUCCUGAUCGCCAAUGCUCAGAUGGAGAACUGCGCCAUCAUUUACUGCAAUGACGGCUUCUGCGAACUCUUCGGUUACUCCCGCGUGGAGGUGAUGCAGCGGCCCUGCACCUGCGACUUCCUCACAGGCCCCAACACCCCGCGCAGUGCCGUGUCCCGUCUGGCACAGGCCCUGCUGGGGGCUGAGGAGUGCAAGGUGGACAUCCUCUACUACCGCAAGGAUGCCUCCAGCUUCCGCUGCCUGGUGGACGUGGUGCCCGUGAAGAACGAGGAGGGGGUCGUGAUCAUGUUCAUCCUCAACUUUGAGGACCUGGCCCAGCUCCUGGCCAAGAGUGGGAGCUGCAGCCUGUCCCAGCGCCUGCUGUCCCAGAGCUUCCUGGGCUCCGAGGGCGCUCACAGGAGGCCAGGAGGACAGGGGCCUGGCCCGGGCAGAGUCAAGUACAGGACCAUCAGCCAGAUCCCACAGUUCACACUCAACUUUGUGGAGUUCAACCUGGAGAAGCACCGCUCUGGCUCUGCCGCCGAGAUCGAGAUCAUCGCGCCCCACAAGGUGGUGGAGCGGGCACAGAACGUCACCGAGAAGGUCACCCAGGUCCUGUCCCUGGGCGCGGACGUGCUGCCGGAGUACCAGCUGCAGGCGCCACGCGUCCACCGCGGGACCAUCCUGCACUACAGCCCCUUCAAGGCUGUGUGGGACUGGCUCGUCCUGCUGCUGGUCCUCUACACGGCUGUCUUCACGCCCUACUCAGCCGCCUUCCUGCUCAGUGACGAGGACGAGGCGCGGCGGGGGGACUGCGGCUACACCUGCAGCCCGCUCACCGUAGUGGACCUCAUCGUGGACAUCAUGUUCGUCGUGGACAUCGUCAUCAACUUCCGCACCACCUAUGUCAACGCCAACGACGAGGUGGUCAGCCACCCCCGCCGCAUUGCCGUCCACUACUUCAAGGGCUGGUUCCUCAUUGACAUGGUGGCUGCCAUCCCCUUUGACCUGCUCAUCUUCCGCACUGGUUCUGACGAGACCACCACCCUGAUCGGGCUGCUGAAGACUGCGCGGCUGCUGCGGCUGGUGCGCGUGGCACGGAAGCUGGACCGCUACUCCGAGUAUGGGGCGGCCGUGCUCUUCCUGCUCAUGUGCACCUUUGCACUCAUCGCGCACUGGCUGGCCUGCAUCUGGUACGCCAUCGGCAAUGUGGAGCGGCCCUACCUCGAGCCCAAGAUUGGCUGGCUGGACAGCCUGGGCGCGCAGCUCGGCAAGCACUACAAUGGCAGCGACCCGGCCUCAGGACCCUCAGUCCGGGACAAGUACGUCACGGCCCUCUACUUCACCUUCAGUAGCCUCACCAGCGUGGGCUUCGGCAACGUCUCACCCAACACCAACUCCGAGAAGGUCUUCUCGAUCUGCGUCAUGCUCAUUGGCUCCCUCAUGUAUGCCAGCAUCUUCGGCAACGUCUCCGCCAUCAUCCAGCGCCUGUACUCGGGCACCGCGCGCUACCACGCGCAGAUGCUGCGCGUCAAGGAGUUCAUCCGCUUCCACCAGAUCCCCAGCCCGCUGCGGCAGCGCCUCGAGGAGUACUUCCAGCACGCCUGGUCCUAUACCAACGGCUUCGACAUGAACGCGGUGCUGAAGGGCUUCCCCGAGUGCCUGCAGGCCGACAUCUGCCUGCACCUGCACCGCGAGCUGCUGCAGCACUGCCCGGCCUUCCGCGGCGCCAGCAAGGGCUGCCUGCGCGCGCUCGCCGUCAAGUUCAAGACAACGCACGCGCCGCCUGGAGACACGCUGGUGCACCUCGGCGACGUGCUCUCUACGCUCUACUUCAUCUCCCGCGGCUCCAUCGAGAUCCUGCGCGACGACGUGGUCGUGGCCAUCCUAGGGAAGAACGACAUCUUUGGGGAGCCCGUUAGCCUCCAUGCCCGGCCGGGCAAGUCCAGUGCAGAUGUGCGGGCACUGACCUACUGUGACCUGCACAAGAUCCAGCGGACAGAGCUGCUGGAGGUGCUGGCCACGUACCCCACCUUCGCAGACAGCUUCUGGAGUAAGCUGGAGGUCACCUUCAACCUGCGGGAUGUAGACGGGGGUCUCCAGCCAUCACCCCAACAGGCUCCAGGCAGCCAAGACCACCAAGGCUCCUUCCUCAGCAACAUCCAUCCAGGUGCAGCCUCUGCCCUGAGCACUUCAGAGGCCUCUGGCCUCUGGCCUGAGUUGCUGCAGCAAGUGCCCCCAAGUCACAGUCCCCCAAUCCCUGAGGGAGGUCCAGACAGCUGGUCUCAGGAGCUAGGCUCCAGGCUGGAGCAGCUGCAGGCCCAGCUGAACAGGCUCGAGUUCCAGAUGACCUCAGACAUCAGGUGCAUCCUACAGCUCCUUCAGCAGCCCCUGCCCCAGGGCCGCACCCACUCUAUCCUGGGAACCCCUGCCUCCAGUGACCUGCCGUUGUUUCCUGUGGCCUCGGGAGCUCAGAGUCCUGGGCCCAGGCUGCCCCAGGACAGCCUGCCCUCUGCACAGACCUCGAGCUGUGGUGACUUGGACAAAUGAAGGCUGAAGAGCAGGAAUUCCUCCUCUGCGAUGCAUCAACUGCUGGUGGCAACAAGCAAAGCUCUGACACCAUCCUCGAAACAGGAGACACCCGAGGGGCUUCUGUCGCCUCUGGCCUAACCUACAUGUCCCCCGGGGGUUCAGGGGCCCAUCUGUGGUUCUCACUUCCCUUCUGUCCCUGAAUUCCUUGGCUCUGUCUCCAAGCAGCUGGAGUUCCAGAGGUAUGGCUCAGAUCCUGGAUUUGCAGGAAGUUAGAGCCCCUGAAUCCCAAGAUAAAAGACAGUCAGGGGAUUGAAGGUGGGUGAGGUGAGAGUCAAGGCUCCUAGGGGAGGCAGACAGCCCCAAAAAUGGGCCUGUGGACACCAUUCUCCUAGAGUAGCUUCAAACUGCUAACCCGAGUGACCUGGGUGGCGUGGGUAAAGAGACUCCCAGCCUCCCCCAGGGCUCCAUUUAAACAGCACACCUAGAGGAAGAGGGGCUGCCUCUGGCAUGGAGGUAGCUUAAAGGACCAAGGUGUCAGUGAGGUAAAGGGAAGUUUCUGCCUUCUAUGUGAGAGCCUUGCUCUGGGCUAGAUGGGAUCACCUCUUGGCUCAGACGCAGCCCCUGUCUCAUCAUCCAGGACACAGCACCCAUGGUUGUCUGUCACACCUCCUGCUGAGAGCCUUUGACUUGGCUGGAGUUGAAGGCCUCCUCUUUGGUGGACAUGCCAGGGCGCAGAGCUCCAGCUCUCAGCCAGUCUGCCCCUGACAGAUCUGUGAUGACCUUGGGCCCCUUGUAGGUAGUGGAGUGUCACAAAGUAAGCAGCAAAUACAAGUCUGCACAUUUCAUGUUGGGCCAGGUGUGUAACUUACUUAAGGGUCAUCAGGUCCCUGUCUCUGUAAGACCCCAAUAGCUGUGGACUUCUCCCAGACCUUCUCACAUGGAGCUGGCAGCUCACCCUCCACAUCCACUGUUGAAAACCUGAAGGUGGCUCCACUGGGCCCAGGAGCCCCCAGAGCAUGGGGCUCUUAGCCAGACUGGGGUGAAGGGAAGUAGUCAGGCACUGGCUUGGUGGCCAUCGGGAAUCAUGACAACAGCUACACACACAUAGCCCUGACCCUGUGCUGGGCACCGUGCUGACCACUUCGCAGAUUGUUCAUCUAGUCUUCACAACAACCCUAUGGGGUUGGUAUUAUUAUCUCCAUUUUAGACAUGUGGAAUCAAAAGCAGAGAGAGACCAAGGAACUUAUCCAAGUAUGAGGGGGACAUCCGGGGGGCUGGUGGUGUUCUGUGUCCUGAUCUGGGUGCUGGUUACGUAGUGUGUGUUCAUAUUGUGAACAUAUGUGCCCUUCUAUGUAUAUAUUCUAAUUUGGUUAAAAAAAAAAAAAGAAAGAUUUUUUUAAAGUAAAAAGAAUCUUGCCCAA